AUGGCGAACACCUCGUCCUUCACACCUCUGGAGCUCAUGCGCCUUCCCCUUGUCUCGGCGCUGCGAGACGAGUUUGUUGGCCGCCCCCUGUCGUCGUUGCGCACCCCGGCGCUGCUUAUUGACCGCGUCGCGUUCAAGGAGAACUGUGCGCAGAUGGGGGCUAAGGUCGAUGCGCUGGGACUGCGUUUCCGUGCACACAUCAAGACCCACAAGACGCCAGAGGGCACGCGCCUGCAGGUAGCCGGCGGCGCGCGCUCGCUCGUGACCUCCACCAUGCCGGAGGUGUGGGGUGUGCUCGAGGCCGGUAUCGAGGUGGACGACAUCCUCUACUCCCUCCCCAUCUCCUCUGACCGGAUGGAGGACGUGAACGCCGCGCAGGAGAAGGCGGGCCGCACCGUGAUCCGGGUCAUGGUCGAUAACGCGGAGCAGAUCGCACACCUCGCGGCGGCGGCGAAGCGGCUGGGCCGCCGGGCGCCGUGGUCCGUCUUCAUCAAAGUCGACGGCGGGGGGCGGCGCGCGGGCGCCCCGCCGCGCUCGGCGCAGAUGGAUGCGCUCCUGCAAGCCGUCAAAGCCGAGAAGGCGGUGGAGGUGUAUGGGUUCUACUCCCACUUCGGGCACUCGUACGCCGCGCGCUCGCUCGACCAAGCGGGCGAGUACUACGCGGGCGAGAUUGCGUGCGUCAACGACGCGGCGGGGCGCGCGCGCGAGCUCGGCCUCGGCGGAGACUGGGUGCUGAGUGUCGGCGCGACGCCGACGGCGCACGCCGCCGCCCUCGGCGCCGCCACGCCCGGCGGGCUCAACGGCACCCUCGAGCUGCAUGCCGGCUGCUACUGCCUCAACGACUUGCAGCAGGCCGCCACGGGCCUUGUGCGCGAGGGCGGGCUCGCGCUCUCCGUCCUCGCCACCGUUGUGGGGAAGUAUGCCGAGCGCGGCGAGGUCCUCACCGACUGCGGCGCGCUCGCGGUCAGUAAGGACCAGGGGCCGACGCCGGGGUUCGGGCGUGUUGUGAGCAAGGGGCAUGAGGGGUGGAGUCUUGGGCGGGUUAGCCAGGAGCACGGCGUUCUGGUCAAGGGUGAGGGGGCUCGCGAGAUCGAAAUCGGCGAGAAAGUGCGUAUUGUGCCGCAGCACGCGUGUCUUGCGUGCGCUUGCCACCCGUGGUUCUAUAUCGUGGCGGGUGGGGGCGACGAGGUCGUCGAUGUUUGGGUGCCGUGGAAGGGGUGGUAG